UCUCAUCCUGAUGGUCUGCACGUUUCCCUUCCCAUCGUCCCACUCUGCUGAAGAUGGGAAAUGGCCACAGGAGAGACGCUCAGCAGACGUUUGGAUUGUGAGAGUGCAGAGAAUCUUCAGCAGAAAGGAUCUGAGCGAGGGGAACCAGAUGGAACAAUUUCAGGGAGAUCCAAAGAGAUUGUUUCCCAGAUCAAGAAAGAGCCUGUGAGAGUUGUAACUGCCCAGAAACACAGUGGGUAAGACCUCCAGAGGAGAGAGAGUAAAUCCACUCACUUCACAAACAACCAAGGCACCAAUGUCCAUCAGUGGGCUGUCUCCACAGGCAGUCAAUGAACACUAAGUAUUGUGAGAAAAGGUACAGCAGAGGCUCAGGCCUCAAUGGCUGCCAAAGAGCCCCAAUGGGAAAGAAAUCCUAUUCAUGUGCAGACUGUGAGAAGGUCUUCAGCUGGAGCUCAGCCCUGAUUACCCACCAGAGAACCCACACGGGUGAGAGACCCUACAAGUGCCCUACCUGCGGGAGAGGCUUCAGCCAGAGCUCCAACCUGGUCAGACAUCACCGCACCCACACUGGGGAACGGCCUUAUGAGUGCGGUGAGUGUGGGAAGAGCUUCUGCCUCAACUCCCACUUCCUCAAGCAUCAGCGCACCCAUGCCAAGCCCUACCCCUGUGAGGUCUGCCAGAGAGGCUUCCACAGCUCCUUGGCCUUGGGCAGGCACCAGAGAGCCCACACGCAGGAGCAAUGCUACACCUGUGCAGACUGUGGGAAGAGAUUUCGGGUGCGCUCGGCACUGGCCCAGCACUACAGGAUGCACACAGGGGAGAGGCCCUUCCAGUGCUCCAACUGCGGGAAGGGCUUCAGCCAAAGUGCCAACCUGCUCACACAUCAGCGGGUCCACACUGGGGAGCGGCCCUUCCAGUGCACCGAGUGUGGGAAACGCUUUGCUGUCAGCUCCCACCUCAGCACUCACCAGAGGAAUCAUUGCGCGGAGCGGCCCUGCCAGUGCACUGACUGUGGGAAAGGCUUUGCCAACCCUGCCAAGCUACUCGCCCACCAGAGACGCCACACAGGGGAGCAGCCCUUCCAGUGCCCCGACUGCGGAAAGUGCUUCAGUGACAGCUCCCUCCUGGUGAAACACCAGCGUAUCCACACAGGGGAGCGGCCCUUCCAGUGCCCCGAGUGCGGGAAGAGCUUCAACCGGAACCUGACCCUACUCAGACACCAGAGAGUGCACACCGGGGAGAGGCCCUACAUCUGCCCUGCCUGCGGGAAGGGCUUCAGCCAGAGCUCCCACCUCACCACUCACCAGAGAGUGCACACAGGGGAGCGGCCCUACAAAUGCCCCACCUGCGGGAAGGCCUUCAGCCAGAACUCCAACCUGAUCCGACACCAGAGGAACCACAAGCACCAGGACACACUGUAACCAGCUCAUCAGCACUUGCCUCACACAAGAGAAACCUGCACAGGCACAAACUAUGGGAAAAAGCUUCAAACAGAGCUCAGAUCUUACAAGGCACCAGAGAAGCCACGUGGGGAAGGAAGCAAUGGCUGUCAAACAAAUCAAGCCCUACCAUUUGAACAGUGCAAAGGAAGUGCUGGAAGCAGCAAGCUGUGCACUGUAGGGAAGUGACCGCUUGCUGAUAUUUUUGGAUGGAGUAGAGGGAAGCACAAGGUGACAAAAAGAAGGGGAUAAAUCUGAUAAAUCUACAGGCGUUUGAAAGGGAUCCAUACCAAGGGCAAAGAGAACUUAUUUAGGGUUGCAUGACAGAUGCAGCUAACAGUAGCAGGAUGAAAUUAAAAGGGGAAGCAUUUGUUUUAAAAAGUUCUUGACAGGACUAUGUAUUAUUGAGCAGUUGGAUAAUACCCCCAGAAAGCAAUGGUAGCUUCCUCAUUUGGGACUUUUUGAAAUGUGUUUUAUAGGUUAAUUUACUGUAGGGAGACAGGGAGAUGGAUCAGAUGAAUUAAUGAGUCCUUUCUACCUCUGAUUCUCUCAAAGGAGGAUACAAAGGCAAAGUUGUUAAAAAUUAUGGUGGCAAAAGGAAGGUGAAUUAAUUUUAAUCUCAAGUCUAUUGAAUGACCCAACCUAUCCCUAAAAUAUAUUAUCUGUUGAUACUGGAGACAUGAUUCCUGCCAUCCUUCUCUCCAGAGCAAUGGGGUAAGCCAUCUUGUUUAGACCGUUUCACUGACCUAUUCAAUGCUGGUAUUUUUAUUGUAAAGCUAAGUGAUAUCAGAGACCACAACAGAAUGCAAAUAAGUUCCCCUACCUCUCUAAGAGGAGUAAGAAUUUAAGGUUUCCCAAUUUUAAGCCCAGAUAUGCAAAUUAGACAGAACUUGUUGCAGACAGGAAGGUAUCUGAGGACUAACGCCACAGAUGCUACAGUCUUUACCCUGCCAGGAGGAGCAUUACCUAGCAACAAAAUCAUCAGUUAAUUGGAAAGGAGAAAUAAUUGGACAAAAUUACAGCAAGAUUGUUUGGAUUGUGAGUGGUAUAAAAAGGACUUUCCAUACAAAUUGCACAGAUUGAAAAAGAAACACUAACAUAGGAGCAGUCUGGUUCAUUGAUACUAUUUUAUAAUUCUCUUCAGUUAGCUCUGUCUUUUGAAAUGUUUCCACUGCUUUCUGCACUGUGAUUUUACUAUCUGAAUUGUCGCUGUACAUCUUAGUUCUUCCCCCCACUCCUCAAAGACAGACCAAGUAUUUCUAGGAAUAAGAACCCUCCGAUUUUACUAAAGCAGCCUAGACAUGAAAUUAUCAGCAUCCGUAGACCGUUUCUUAUUUAUGCACAUCAGUCCUUUUUUUCAAGCAGUGUCUCGUAUUGGUAUCCUGGUAACAGCAUACUUACAAAAUGCAUUGUUUUGUUCACCAUUAAUGGCCUGUGCACUCAGGAGAGAGCCAAAGGAAAGCUAUGAAUUUGUAUGUUGUGUGGCGAAGUACCUUCUUCUCCUCAGCAGACUCAGUCCUUUUUAGCCUUGGAGACACAGGCUUGGGCAAAGCAAAUCCUUCUAGGUAGCACAGGGUCUGGCUAUUCCUUACCUCAGUCCGUCCCUUGUGCUGGUUUUCUCCCCUUCUCAGGACAGAGUGCAGCCUUCCUUGCUGGAAGGGUUGAGAGCCUUGCUGCACCUCGCUUACUGGUAGCUUCCCUGCUUCUCUCACCCCUCCUCCCCCCUUCUACACAGGGGGAGGGUUGAAAAAGGUCUCGAGCAGUUAGAGCCACCUAAACCUAAUUAGUUCCCUGGUAACUCCUUUUCCAGCUGAACCUUAUGGCUCUCUCUGUGGACUGGGAGAGGCCUUUUAACCCCCUGGGACGAAUGACUACCCCCUCCUCUGUAGCUGUUUGUCCUGGGUUUGCCACAGUUGACAGCAACAAAAUGAAUUUGGGAAGGAUUAAAUCCCUACAUUUACUGGCCACUCGUUCUCCUAGGCUGGUAUUUCUGUUUGCUCCAAUUUAAGUGUUCGUUCCAGCAGCACAGUGUCCCCCACUGUAAAGAACCACGGCAUGUGCUAGAAAUGUAUGUCACUGGGCUUUCAAUUUGCAAACCAUUCCAAUCUCAGGCAUGUCACUAGAAUGUUUUAAGGGAAAUAAGGUUUGUUUUUUUUUAUUAAUUUGCCAUGUUCCUUUACAAUAAGAAACCAACCACCAUUUUUUUUAGUACCUGAUGAGUGAAUUAGAGGAGCAUUGUGAUGAAUGAGACUAUGGGGCAUCUGAAUCCUACUUUUGUGGGAAACUGCUCUAUUGUAAAUAACCCCAUUACUGUUUUCUCAGCAAAGGGCUAAGAUAAGGGCCAUCUGUCAGGGCUGACCCAGUCUCUUCUAAACACACAAAUGAUUAAGAAAGCAGGAAGGAGGUGAAUCCAUUCCAUGGAGAAGGGGGCACUUCAUCAAAAAAGCUUUCCUAAGUCCAUCAGGGAAAACAUUCCCCUCCUAAAGAACCCGAAUCAUUGCACCAUUGGACGGAUCUUGAAAUUCACAAUUAAUUAGAAUCAGGUACUGUAAGUUACUUCAGUAUGGAAAGUUACUUUUAUUUUGUGGGGGAGUAGAUACUAAAACCAUUUUUCCUGCUUCCUCUCUGUGCAUUAGGCUGAAAAAUACAGGUAUCGGCAUUAUUUCCGUGAAUCACAUUUUUGAACUUCCUCUCUCCUAAGAGUUAUAUUUCAAUCUACAGUAUUUGCCCAGUCUUACUUACAUUAGUGUAACAUUCAGGGCAUAAUAGAGCAUACUUUCAUUUUUCCACUCUGAAAUACUCCUGGAACUUGUUUUUAAUAUACAAUUUCUGGGUCGAUCCUGCAUCCUGGGCUUCCGGUCACUGGGAGAAGACAGCUGACAGAGCAGGAAACUGAAAAAGCAAAAGGGGAAGAUUAAAAAAGAAAAGGUGUGUGUGUGUGUAAAAUGGAAAUAAAUAAGCACAAAGCAGCAACAUGGAGGGAAUGAGAUAACCCUUAAAACGUUUCUUUUGUCAUCAUCUUUGAAUUCUGAGUGGAAGUACACUACAUUGCAAGUAAGAACAUAGCGUGCCAAUGACUUCUACAUUUUGUAAGGGGAAUACCACAACUAGCAGAGAAACAUUAUAUAGCUAGCUAAAACAAUGUAAACGUUUUAAAGGAAGCUAAAUUACUAGUGAUUUCCAUUUCACUUUAGGCAGCAAAUAGUUUAGGGUAAAGAGAUUAAAAUCAGAAGUGUCAGGAUGGAAAAGUAGACAGCCAUUUAUAGUGGUUAUUUUAAUAGGCAUAUUGAAGUACAAAAAGAUAAACUCUACUUGUAUGGCACUGCUGCAUAACACGACUGCAGAUAUAUUCCAGUGAGUCUGGUCCCUCUCAAAGAGCAUUACAGUUCACAACAGAAUGAAUCUAAAGUCUGUAGCAAAAGUUUGCAUUAUAAGUUUCCAUGACAAUAAACUCUGACUUAUAUCAGACGUUCUGUUUGUCUGUUUGAAUUCUGCAAGUGCACCAUUCAGCUAUA